GCCGAAGAAACGGAGGGCCGGCAGUUUGGCAGGAGGGUGUUUGAACUGUAUGUAUCAUUCCUGACGAUGAAGUAAAUACGACGGGGAAGCGCCUGUUAGAAAAUGACAACUCCCAACAAAACGCCUCCUGGUGCUGAUCCCAACCAGCUCAAAAGGACUGGAACUGUUCGUGAAAUUGGAUCUCAAGCUGUAUGGUCUUUGUCAUCUUGUAAGCCAGGAUUUGGAGUUGACCAGUUACGAGAUGACAAUCUAGAAACAUACUGGCAGUCGGAUGGAUCUCAGCCUCAUUUAGUGAAUAUUCAAUUUAGAAGGAAGACAACUGUGAAAGCUUUAUGUAUUUAUGCAGACUACAAGUCAGAUGAGAGCUACACACCAAGUAAAAUCUCUGUUAGAGUGGGAAACAACUUUCACAACCUUCAGGAGAUUCGGCAACUUGAAUUAGUGGAACCCAGUGGCUGGAUACAUGUUCCUUUGACUGAUGCUCAUAAAAAGUCAAUUCGAACCUUCAUGAUUCAGAUUGCGGUUUUGGCGAAUCAUCAGAACGGGAGAGACACACACAUGAGGCAGAUUAAAGUCUUUACACCAGUGGAAGAAAGCUCUAUAGGCAAAUUCCCCAGGUGCACAACCAUUGAUUUCAUGAUGCACCGCUUCAUCCGAUGAUGCUCUAUUCCAGAUCAAAUAAACAGCUAAGAUAUUUUGGUUUCUCAUACAAAAACUUUUUUUUUUUUUUAAUUUUUCUUUGGAAGGCAUUUUUUUUACUCAGAGAAUAUUAUUAUUUUACCAUUUAGGAACACUUCCUGGAUUACCAGUUGGAAAUCUUUGACCGUUAAUUUGUGUUCAGAUGUGUUCCUCUUCGCAUUAAGUUAAAUGCCAUUUUUUAAUUUCACUUAAGGUAUACUUUUAUUAUAUUUUUAAUAAAAUAUUACUUUUUAACAUA